AUAUAUGUACACACAUACACACGCAACAUUAAGCAUAGAUUCACUUCCUAUAAACCAGUCACAAAGAGCACAAAUCAUCUCUAAAAGCAAAAAGCAGAAAAAAAAAAAAUACAAAACUAUUGGAAUUGGAAAGGAAAGUUUUUUAGGAACUUGAAUAACAAGUGACCAUGGCAGAAGAAUUAAUCCAGGAUGGCGUUUGUGGCGGAAACUGGUGGAACCCAGCCAGAAGUUUAUUCGGUUCUUCUCCCUGUUCGUCCACCACCAACGACAAGGGAAGCUUUGGAUCGCUAAAUGAUGAACUGGUGAACGAUUUGAAGAAAACAUGGUGCAGUGAUGAGUCUAAUUCUAAUUCUGAAGGAAAAAAGUCUCAGCAGCCAGUUAUUGAUUCAACCCUACAAAUGAUGGGAAUCAGCUUUUCAUCAUCCACAGUGACUGAUCAUUGGAAUCGAGAUUUUCUCCAAGGAAAUGGAAUAUCUGAGGGAAAUUAUUCUCACAUAAAGCAAGUAAACCGGGAUUCAGGCAUGAAUUAUCAGCAACAAACUGGAAUUGACAGUUCACAUAUUAAUCAAAUGGAUUGGAACUUAAAGAAUUUCUCCACUGCUGCCCAAAAUUCCUCCUUUCCAUUGAAUUCAGCUUCGGAUAGCGACACUUCAUCAUUUUUGCAAACUUUAUAUGAUACAUAUUCUGAUCGGCCACAACAACUUUUAUCAGAUAAUGCUCAGGCAAUGAACUUUUCAUCGGCCAUCAAUUACCCGGUGAAGUCGAAUGAAUUUUCGCUUUCUUUGCCAAAACAGCAACCUGGUAGUCAUUUACAGUUCUCAAACAACUCACCCUUUUCGGAUGCCCUCAACGACAAUCGACCAAGCCUUUUCCCUCCGACACAAGCCCGGUUCCCAUCAUCUCUUAACCCGUCGGGGUCGGAAGCAAUGGAAACUAGCAUUGAACCAGCAUUCAAGCGUUCCCGAAUCGAAACACCAUCACCAUUACCAACCUUUAAGGUCAGGAAAGAGAAGUUGGGGGACCGAAUAACUGCCCUCCAGCAGUUGGUUUCACCUUUUGGAAAGACCGAUACUGCAUCAGUUCUCCAGGAAGCAAUUGAAUACAUAAGAUUUCUCCAUAAUCAAGUAUUAAGUACUGCUUAUACGAAAAAUGGAUAUCUCGUUCAUUGUCAAGAGGCUGCUGAUAAAUUUAAGAAUGAAGAAUGGCCAAAACAAGACCUGAAGAGCCGGGGACUUUGCCUGGUUCCAGUAUUAAGAACCUUUCCGGUGGCUACAGAGAUUGCAUCUGAUUUUUGGAACCCUACAUUUGGAGGAACAAUCGGCUAGAAAAGAAUAUUAAGGGAAAAGAACCCAAAAAAAAAGUUUGGAACUCAGAAAAAAAUGCAAAUAAGAGCCAUCGUUGCCUUCUGCAAAGAUUGUGGAAAAGCAAGAAAAAUGAGAACACAAAGGAAGUUCAGGCAAUUCUUGGCCAUUAUGUAGGUUAGAAAAUGACAGUAUAAGAUUUGCACUAAUAAAUUCUCUUUGUAUUGUGUGUAGUUAGUUAUGGCACGUUUAGUGUUAAAAAAAAAAAAAAGUUAAAUUUUAUUCAUUAGACAGUUGUAUCGAAUAUUAUGUACCGAACUCACGCAAAAAAUAAAAAGUUUCGAUUACCCAAA